GCAGCAGAGGCACAGAAGGAGACUGCGAGAGGAGCUGGGAAUUACACACAAACACAGCCGAAUCCGAACACCCUCCCCUGGACACACCCUGCUGGGGAUCACUGCUUCUUCUCUUUUUUUCUGAUCCAUCGCCCACGCCACUCUGAGAGAAAGCUCUCCCUCAUCAUCAUCCUGAAGAAAACCCCUUUCUCCUCAUUUUCAUCCUACAGAGGACACCUACAAUCUCAAAGGGCUGAGAUUCCCUGGUGAAGAUAGUCUUUUUUCCUUUUUUCUUUUUUUUCUUUUAAUUUGGACACAGCCACUCUAUACAGAACAGAAAGGCCAUAUACUAUAGGGGCCAAACAAUACUUACAAACUCAACCUACGGCUUCAAGACCUCUGAAACGAAGGACCUAGACCUCUUUCAUUGUACGUCAAGAAUGGUUACUAUAAUCAGCACCAUGGAAACUCAGGUGUCCAAUGGUCCAAGUGGAACCAGCCUGCCAAACGGCCCAGUCAUCAGCACCAAUGGUGCUACAGACGACAGCAAGACUAACUUGAUCGUCAACUACCUGCCGCAGAACAUGACCCAAGAGGAGUUCAAAAGUCUGUUCGGUAGCAUCGGAGAGAUUGAGUCCUGCAAGCUAGUCAGAGACAAGAUAACAGGUCAGAGUUUGGGCUAUGGCUUUGUAAACUACGUAGACCCCAAUGAUGCAGACAAGGCCAUCAACACACUCAAUGGGCUCAAACUUCAGACCAAAACAAUCAAGGUGUCCUACGCCCGGCCUAGCUCAGCCUCCAUCCGGGAUGCCAACCUGUAUGUGAGUGGCCUCCCCAAAACCAUGAGUCAAAAAGAUAUGGAACAGCUGUUCUCUCAGUACGGCCGCAUCAUCACCUCGCGCAUCCUGGUGGAUCAAGUCACAGCAGGCAUAUCGCGAGGAGUGGGUUUCAUCCGGUUUGACAAGCGAAACGAGGCAGAGGAGGCCAUCAAGGGGCUGAACGGCCAGAAGCCCCUGGGCGCCUCAGAGCCCAUCACCGUCAAAUUCGCCAACAACCCCAGCCAGAAGACAGGCCAGGCUCUCUUGACCCAGCUGUACCAGACAGCUGCUCGCCGCUACACUGGACCCCUGCACCACCAGACCCAACGCUUCAGCAUCAUCCCUCCAUUUGGAAAGGGACCUGAUCCAAAUAACAGCACAAAACCAAUACUCGACAAUUUACUAAACGCCAGCUACGGAGUCAAGAGUUCUCCCUCUCUCCUUCCCAGGUUCUCACCCAUUACCAUCGACAGCAUGACCAGCCUGGCAGGGGUCAACCUCACUGGACCCACCGGAGCCGGCUGGUGCAUCUUUGUCUACAACCUGUCCCCCGAAGCUGAUGAAAGCGUCCUGUGGCAGCUGUUCGGGCCGUUCGGCGCCGUUACAAACGUCAAGGUCAUCCGUGACUUCACCACCAACAAAUGUAAGGGCUUCGGCUUUGUCACCAUGACCAACUACGACGAGGCAGCCAUGGCCAUCGCCAGCCUCAAUGGCUACCGCCUCGGCGAUCGUGUUCUGCAAGUCUCCUUCAAGACGAGCAAGCAGCACAAGGCCUGAGAGAGGUGCAGCCUGUACCUGCUUCUUCAGCCUGCAGGGAGAGUACCUGAGCUCCCUGUACGAUCACUCUACAUGGGCCUGGACUGAGUCUCUCUCUGACACACACACAUACGCACACACAAACAAACACACGCUCUCUCUCUCUCACACACACACACACACACACAGACACACACACACAAGCACACAUACAAUACCAAAACAUAUCCACACAUCCAAACACACACACAAUGAUAGUCAGUAGUCAGAGUUUCAAACAAAUACACAAGUAGAGUUUUUUCUUUUCUCUUAUACACAACAUGCUAGUCCUUCCCUACGUUUGCCUGGAUUGAAUUAGUAGGGGUGCAUAGUUGUUCUGUGGGGGUGGGUUUGAGAGGUGUCUAUGAGGGAGACAGUCUAACGAAUGUGACAGAGAAUGUGUGCUGAGUGCUUUGAUUGAAUUCAGGCAAAUAAUGACCACUACUGAACAAAAUGAUCAAAAAUCGAAAUGAGCAAAUAUGUGCAAUUUACCCAAACUCUUACCCAACAAACUCUCCCAGUAUCUUGCUGGAGAAGAUGUAGUCACUUUUUUUACACUUGGGCAUUUUGAAUCAGUGAUUUUUUUUAAGAUCAAAGGAAAAUAAUUAAAAACAGUGUUCUCUUAUAUACGUAUAUUAAAAAUAUAACUAUAUAUUCAAUAUUUAAGGUGGUUAAAUAGCCGAGUAUGUAAGCAUUUUCUAGAAACGUUGACUACUGUUCCCUAGCUCUGCAUUCAGUGGUACCUAGUUUUUAGGGCCGUUUCUCUAUUUGAGCUGAGACCCAAUAUGAUUUAGGUGAAGUAAUGGAUACUGGUCACAGAGACAAGCAGCUAGAUGGGCCUUACAAUCACACUAUUCCCUCACAACACACGAAUCUCACACGAGAAAACCACUGCUGAAAAAAACAGCACGCACAUUUACCACAGGAAGACACAUUCACAUAUCCACCUUCCCAUAGGGAUAGGUAACACAAUAAUUUCGGUCACUGAAGCUGAAGAAUCUCCUUGAACUUUCACACCAUGUUUUGUAUUCAUGAGAAUGGAUUCCACAACAAGCAGCUGUCCCAGAUUUAUUUUGUUCCUAUGGUGCCAGUGUUCCUGAGUGAAUCUCUUGAGGCUGGGGGAUGAGUUUAGAGAGAAAUUAUUUCACCAAAUCACAGAGCCACUUUACCCUAAAACCCAACCUGAAACAGGGCUCCACAAAACAGCAUGCCUAAGGCAGAUUGAGAGGACUGUCUUAUAGUUCCAUCUCUUCCUUCAGCUUUGCCAGGCGCUCCUCAAUGUCUUUUAAAUCCCUUACAAGAAGCUUAUCAUCAUAAUUCUUCCCGUCAUCGAUUGGAUAACAAGUCAUGCCUGAAAAUUCUAUCCGGGGCAUGUAUAUCAUAUAUACAAAUCAUAUAAACAAACAAGACAGUAGUUAUUCUAUUUCUUCAUUUCAUAUCUGAUCGGCACUACCACCAAAAUAGCGUUUCCCAAAAUAUUCCAUUUGCAUGAAAAUGAUUUAAGGCAUCCUUGAUGAAAUGUUGUGGCAAAAAUCAGCUGUUUUGGUGACUGGCGGUUGGACUCCAGCAUCUUGACCUUAUACAGUAUGUUCCAUGGGGAGAGCUAUUGGCUUACAAUAUCAAGACAUCUGCACAUAGUAGAUUAAAUAAGGUCAAAUGUAAUCAAGACAUUUUGCUUUUUUUUUUAUAACGCUGCGUUAGCCAAAGAGGAAGACGAUCUCUUUGAAAGGAUUACAUUAGAUAAAUCUAUUUUUAUACAUACAAAAGAACAAGACCUUGUGCUGAAUUUUUACAGAUUCUUAAGCUUGGCAAAAUUGGGACUCCACAUGUCUUUAUUUUAAGCCCUCUGAUCUCCUCUGAGAGAGGAGGAAGGAGCAUGUGGUGUACGGAUGGGCAUUUAGGGGAGGGGGAGGAGAGAAGUUUUAUCUCAGACAAACUUAACUGUUUAAAUGUAUGAAAUGAGAGAAAAACAAUUUAAAUUGAAACAAAUCAACAAAACAAAGACAUGGAUAAAACACAACGCAAUUCAACAAUUAGCAAAUAAUAUAGAAACAUGUCAGCAUCUGUAAUAUGUGAGUGUAGAUGAACACAUCCAGUAUAUGUUGUUCUCAGAUUGUAUACAAUGUUGUUUCAAUCAUGAGCAGUGAAGUGCAGUGCUGUGGUACUAAGCACUAAGCUGCAUUAAGACAGGCCCUGUUACUGUUGGUACAUGUUUGGCUGCUUGGGACAGUCACAGAGAGGUUUAAAGCAAUUCUUAAUAACACCAAUCUUGACUGUAACGAUCUGACAUAAUAUUUAGCCAAAGAAUUUGAUUGAAUUUCAUCAUCAGUACAGUUUGAUUCAGUCUAACUAUAUCAGUCCCAACAUUUAUUUAUUGCAUGAGGAUACCUUUUGAGUUUUGUGCCGUCAUUAAGUUUUAUUAUCACAGUUGUUCAUAUCAGUUUGUACUUGCCAAAUGCAAAGCACCAAACGUAAUACAGCAUAUCACACUUUCUGUGUUGAAUGAAUAUCACUUAGCCAAAAUGCUUGAAUUUGUAACAUGGAAACAGUUUAUUUCCCCGCAAAAAAAUUACAUCCGAUGUACACCAUAUUCCAAUAACAUUACACAUAAAAUAGUCUGUACACUGGAUCUCCAACCUUGAUGCCUGAUUACAAUAUCUUUGUAAGACAGCAGAGAUUGAAUUGAACCCAAUGCUCUUCACAUUGCACCACUUCUACUUUGCCUUUGGCUUUUAUCAUCUUAAAACCAUUUCAUCUCCUGUUUUGCCCAGAUUAAUAUCAUUGGUGGUGUGCCAAGUGCCGACCAAAAACAAAUAAACAGCAACAUCCAAUCACAAACAAGCCUUUUUCACUUCUGCUCUGGAGAAGGUGGCAAGUAAAGCUUACCCAGCAGCACUUGGGAGAGUCCAACGGUGAACCUUGGGAACAAAACAGAGCUGUCUGGCCACAUCCAGACUAGCAUAGUUAGCUAACCCCCCCCCCCAGACCAACAGCCCAAAUGGUCCCUCCAUAUACAGUUAAUACAGAGACCCAUCUCCCUCCCACCUGCAGUAGAGAGACAGUGAAAAUGGCAGGAGGCCACCGUACUGCACCGCUUGAACAACAAUAAUAAUCAUUUAAAAAGACAAAAAAACUUUCCUAUGGAACAGUAAGUGCAAUGUGCUUUGUUUUUAUAUUGACUGAGAACAAAAGAUAUAUAUAUUUUUAAAAAAAGAAAUUAAACGUCACACUGAAAUGGUUUGCGGAAUAGAGAAAGGAUCAAAUGUAAAGAAAAAAGUGUUAAUGAACAGAUUAAUUGACAGAGAAUCAAAAAAGCACCAAGAGCUCUGAUCUCUAAAUGUCCAUAAUCCCUUCCAGUCCCCAAUUACUGCUCUAACCAUGCAAGCUAAAACUAAACUGAAUUAAAGAGCAAUUUCAAAAGACCUUGAAAGGAAUACUGUCUAAUAUAUCAUCAGUUUUAGCCCAUGUCAAUUUCAGAAUAUCAUUUUCUUGUAAUUUAUUGAUUUAUUUUACAUAUCAAGUUUCACUUGUUAACUUAGCGUAUUUGUGUUGUUGAUGUUACCAUAGAGGACACACAUGGGUCAAAGUUUUUAUUUGGUUGCUUUGAUUGGGUACAAUUUGUUAUGAUUUUUAUUCCAUUAUUUAAUUAGUUGCAGUUCUUACAGUGUAUGCCGAUUUUAGACUUAGUUAGAAUUUUAUUUCAAUCAAACUGUGUUCAAUUGUGUUUGUAAAAGUCUGUGGUAGCUUUUGUUGCAACAUAAAUAAUUUAAACUGAAAAAAUUCAAGAUAGCGCCAACAAACUUGUAUUAUUUGGCGACUUUAAGCUUGUAGUUUUAACUUAUUGUUAACUUAAAAACUAUUUAUUAUUAUUAUGAUUAUUAUUAUUGCCUCGUAUAAAGUAUGUUUUGUGUAUAUUUAUGGUUUAUUUCAUUAUAUUUGCAAGUUUAAAUUUUUUUAAGUUUGCCAAAAUUGUGGUUACACCAUUUCUUUCUUAAAAAGGGAACAAAUAGAUUAAAAACAGCUUUAGAAGUACGAUUUGGAAAAGUUCUCCAUAGUCAAAGAAUGCACUGCUAUAUUUAACUAAUUGAAGUGUAUAAACAUACAUGCUGUGUGCUAGAUGUUAUGCCUUUACUGCCUGUGUUCUGUUUGUCUUGUUAAAUGAAAAUCUUUUGAUUAUUUAAUCUAA